GCGAGCCAGCCAUGGCGCGCAGAGUGUUGCUACUUUGUUUCUGCCUCUGUUAUGGCUGUACGGGCGGCCAGGGCCCGGCCCGGCAGAGCAGGCCAUGGGAGCGCAGGGAAGCAGCUCCGAGCUCAGCCCUCCUGGGCGACGAGCACUAUGAGAGGCUGCAGAGCCACCUGGGCGCCGUGAGGGCCCUCUCCCGGAGGUAUUGGCACUUGGUGGCCUGCAAGGUUUGGCAGGAGGACUGUGAGGAGAAGGAAGAGGAGGAGGAGAAGGAGGCGGCGGCGGCGGCGGCGGAAGAGGCCGGAGGAGGCGGCCAAGUCGUCCUGGAACGACGAGGGUGGAGUUUGCCCAUCAUGAGCGAGAUUGUCUCCAGCUGGUACUGCAGCUUUGGCAGGUGCUGUGCAACAGGAGACUGCAGAGUGACCAACAACAUCACAGGGUUAGAGCUGGACCUGAGCAGCAGACUCCAUGGACAACACCUGGCGAAAGAUGUUGUGCUGAAGGCCAUUCAAGGCUUCCUGGAGACCCCACAGCCAGAGAAAGCGCUGAGUCUUUCCUUCCACGGCUGGUCUGGCACGGGCAAGAACUUUGUGGCCCGCCUAAUAGCGGAACAUCUUUACCGGGAUGGCCUGAAGAGUGACUGUGCCAAAGUCUUCAUCUCACUAUUUCACUUCCCCCAUUCCAAAUAUGUGGACAUAUACAAGGUCCAGCUGGCAAAACAGAUCAGCGAGACAGUGCAGCUCUGUGAGCAGUCAUUGUUCAUCUUUGACGAGGCCGAGAAGCUGCAUGUCGACCUCCUAGAUGCCCUAAAACCCUACGUGGAUCACUAUGACAGCAUCGACACAGUGGAUUACCGACGGUCCAUCUUCUUAUUCCUUAGUAACACUGGUGGCAAUAUCAUCAAUGAGGUCGCCCUAGACUUCUGGCAAGCUGGUCGAUCCAGAGAGGAAAUCACUAUGGAGUACUUGGAGAAGCACCUGAGGACAGAGCUUCUGGAGGGCACAGCAGAGGGUUACGCCCGUAACCACCUUCUAGAAGACAACCUCAUAGACUUUCUGGUCCCUUUCCUGCCUCUGGAGUACCGCCACGUGAAGCUGUGUGCUCGGGACGCUUUCCUAGCCCGGGGUCUUCCGUUCACUGAAGAGGCACUGGAUGAGGUUGCAAGGAUGAUGGUGUUCGUUCCCAAGGAGGAGAAACUAUUCUCUGCUCAGGGUUGCAAGUCAGUCUCACAGCGUAUAAACUACUUCCUUCCCUAAUCUCCUGGGAGUUUGAAAGCACAAAGGACUGCAACAGAGCUUGCCCUAUUUCCUGUUGAACAAGGGUUAGGUACCUUGCAAUAUUUAAUUGCACUGCAACGGGAUAUUAAAUUUCCCUGCCAUGCGGGGGCUUCUGGGCAGGAAAAAACGUGAGAAGGUGGAAAUGUGCUGUUGGAGGUUGCUGGAGAACUUUCAUCAGCAAACAUUACGUAGCUGGAAUCUACAUGAAUGGUGCUGCUGAAGAGGCAGAGGUGCAAUUUUAGAAGAUAACGAAAUGGGACUUUCAUCCGUUGUACUGAGCAGGUAAUUAGGUCGAUCGUGGGGAAAGAAACUCAUCCGUAUGAAGAGUAAGACUUCUUCAUUUUGUCUUCAGGACUGAAAUUGCUUUGAGCAAUUGUUUGAAAGUAUAAGUGACUUUGAGUUCUGCUCCUUAACAGUGUGACUGAAGAAGGAGUAUUUGCUUGCAAUACAAGCUACUUCUUCUUCCAGAAAACUUGUACUGAGAUUAGAUAUGAAUAAGCCAUCUUGCCCCCAACUCGGAGGCAGGGUACUAGGCAUUGUGUUUUUUUAAGUAAACAUCCAGCUUUUAAAUGACACAGGCAUACUGCUGCAUGUGCUGGAAAAUGAUGACCACUUACUUGCUGCUUCCCUGCACUUAUGUACCUUGUUAAGAAUUCACACAUGCAAUUUUUUAUUAUGUUUCUGCCAAGGAAUUAAAAUGU